CCUAUUUCCAGAUGUUUUCUCAAUUUCUUGGCUCGGCCCAACCGGGGGGCUGUGGUGCCAAUCUCUUAAAGGCUUCGUAAUUGCCCAGUCUCUUUUAACCUCAUACCAAGAGUUUGUCUCUUUGGGUAACCAUAUUUAUUCAUCUUCAUUUCAUCCCGAGGCCGGUACUCUAUAGUUUGGGUUGUGUCCAUUUUUUCCUUUAUUUUCCUUAGCUUCCGCUUCUCUAAUCUCGAAUUCAUCUGUUUCGUUUCUCUGUGUAGUUCUCCUUUUUUUCUUUUUUGAUUUUCUCAAGGAACAGUAAAAAAAAAAUCGUCUCAACAAUGGAGCGGACUCCAGAACAAUCUCCUUACCCUCAGGAGAACGUCUCAUACCCAACAUCAUCAGCGCCAUCUUUCACGUUUCCUGACUCAGAAUCGACAACGAUACGAUAUCCCGUGGAUGAGAAGAGACCCGAUGGCCUGAUGCCGGGGACGCACGCAACGUCGGCUGCCAACUCGAUCAUCGAUGAGAAGGAAGGCCACGGUCAUGACCUAGAACAUGGCGGCCAUGGGCAUGGAGAUGACAACCACAUAGAUAUUAACGACCCGAACCGACCGAAGUAUGGAAUUCGGCAAAGAUUACACCAUUUCACAUGGGCUUGGUUCACUUUGCCUAUGAGCACUGGUGGCUUGUCACUACUGAUCUUUGCCCAGCCUCACCAAUUCCCUGGACUUCGACAGAUCGGUCUAUUCGUAUACAUUGUCAACAUUAUUAUCUUCACCACAUUAACAUGCCUUAUGCUGGCAAGAUUCUUCCUUCACCAUGGCGACUUCUACAACUCACUGUCGCACCCUCGUGAAGGAUUCUUCUUUCCAACAUACUUCCUAUCGAUUGCUACCCUAAUCACCAGUACUGAACGAUACGCCAUUCCAGACGAUGAUACCACGUUGAAAUGGGCAAUCCAGACAGUCUUUUGGGGCUAUGUCGUCGUAACUCUCAUCUUGGCCGUCGGACAAUACAGCUUCGUGUUUGCUAAGCACAACUUCGGCUUACAGACAAUGAUGCCGACUUGGAUUCUACCGAUCUUCCCUAUCAUGCUGUCAGGAACUAUCGCUUCAGUCAUUGCCGAUACCCAACCUGAUAUUGCUUCUGUACCCAUCGUUAUUGCGGGUAUGAGCUGCCAAGGUCUGGGUCUAUCGGUCGCUGUCAUGAUGUAUGCUCAUAUGGUUGGACGUUUGAUGUCUUCCGGUCUUCCCAACCGCGAGCACCGACCCGGUCUAUUCAUGAACGUAGGACCACCGGCCUUCACCGCGCUUGCGUUUAUUGGAAUGGCGAAUGGCCUCCCUGACAAUUUCGACCGGGAAAUGGAUGGAUUUAUCGACGUUUACCUGAUCAGGACUUUCGCUAUUAUCGGUGCUAUCUUCCUUUGGUCUCUGUCGCUCUGGUGGUUCGGUAUUGCACUUAUCGCUGUGCUGAGCUCGCGACCCAAGUAUUUCCAUCUCGGCUGGUGGGCAAUGGUCUUCCCCAACACUGGUUUCAUUCUGGCAACAAUCUCGAUUGGAAACGAAUUCAAGAACGAGUCCGUACUAUGGGUCGCGACUGGAAUGUCUAUCUGUCUGUUGUCUACAUACCUCUUCGUCUUGUACAGCCACAUCAGGGCCGUCAUUAUCCAAGAUAUCAUGUAUCCUGGACGAGAUGAAGAUGUCAACGAUCAUUAAGAAAAUCCUUUUCGACUCUUACCUUUACCACUGAAGGAAAAAGUGGCUACACAGAUGACGCGUGAUGUUCUUUUUUUUUCCUUUUAACAAUUCAACUCAUUCCCUCGAAAUAUCUCCUUCGCAUACAUAUAAUGGUGUCCGGGGGACUCUUGGUCCUGGUCGGACUACACUGAAGCAAUCGGCUGGUUUUCCUUUUGGUUUCUCGAGAUAUCCCAAUAUUUAUAGACGGGCUUGGUUUUUUGUCGCCUUAUUGGAUAUAGACAGGCGAGCAAGAGCUAGGCGUGGGCUUUUUUUGCAUUAUGGAUAUAGAACGGUCUUAUAAAAAAUCAAAUUGUAAUAUUAGC